AUGAAUCCGCAGCCGCCUAGCGACCAUCCAUCAUGGCAGCCUUUGCCACUGCCCCUCGAGAGCAUAGAACUGGAGGCCAUGCUGGAUGCAACCGAGCUGGAUGCAAAUGAGCCCAAUCGAUGGAUACAAGAGGAAAAUACAUUAUACACUGACCAAGACUUUCUACCCUUCCCCUCAGACAUCGAGGAUCUGGAGUGGUCACAAUGGACACAUUCUGAGUCAGAUCCUGUACCAAUCUCAGCUGACGGACAUCUCCGGCCUCAAGAUCAUGAAGAACCGGGGACCCCAGGAAAUUUAUUAUUAGCCUCUGCUCCACCUCAAGUAGCAGGGCAUGUGGACCCCUUGCUUUCGCCGCUGAAUUUCACCAAUGUCUCGCAAUGGCUUGAUGGAGCGUAUCGUCCCCCAGUGUCCUGUAGUCACUGCCGCAGGCAUCGGCUGCAAUGCCUGAUCAUUCGUACUGCACCUGCAAAUCCAAACCCGAAGACGUCCUGCUCAAGCUGCGUCGCGCUUUUUCGGGAAUGCAGCUUAGCAAGGGGAGAGAAACGUCUGCCAUCAGGCUUUGAGACUUUCUCCCCGGUCCUAGGCCAUCUUCACGGUGUUCCGGAAGAUGGGAACCCAUUAUCUGCUGCCAAUGUUGAGAACAGUGACGAUCCAAAGGAAUCUAAGCAGUUUCUCAGAAAAGGCGCCAGAGUCCUCCGCGAGUGGUUUCAUCAGAACCAAGAACAUCCCUAUCCAACAGAAGCACAAAAGGCCCAGAUGGCCACCGAGACUGGCUUCUCGCAGAAACGCAUAUCAACUUGGUUUGCAAAUGCCCGACGCCGGCAAAAGCACAAGAUCCAAUCAGCGGGUCUCUCAUCAACAUCACGUACUCGCUCUGGGUCUCCGAUGGUCACCAGCACGUUGUCUUCUAUGACUCCCAUGGAGCGAUGGCAGGCUUCCCCGCCAGAAGAUGAACCAGUUCCAGAAGCGGCAAUUCAAAACGCCAUUGCAUCUGGUUCAUUGGAAUUAGACAACAGCAUGGAAUCAGACAACAGCAUAGACCCAUUCCUCUUUGAUGUUUCCACCAUGGAUUUCUUUAACUUCGAGGAGAGCUCGUCGCAUCUGGCAUCCUCUGUCUCGAGCAUUGGGAGCAAGGCAUCUGAGACAUCCGAUAGCGCCUCUUCAGCAUGGAGCUACCAUUCCUCAGGUGACAGGGGCAUUCCAUACCCAUCACUCCCCAAACCAAGUAAACCGAGACGCAUCCGCGGGCGGCAGCGAGCAGCAGAAGACCAUCAUUACCAAUGCACAUUCUGCACGCAAUCUUUCAAAAAGAAACACGAUUGGGCCCGUCAUGAGAAAAGCGUGCAUCUCACCCUUGACUCCUGGAUUUGCACCCCCAAUCCCAGCGACAUUCAGCAAGCGUUCGAACUACAGUCUUCCGAAUGUCCCUUCUGUGAUGUCCUAUUCCCAACACCCGCCCAUUGGGAAGAGCAUGAAUUCCAAGUUUGUGCUGAUAAGCCCGUUGGCGAGCGAUCAUUCAGUCGAAAGGACUAUCUAUGGCAGCACCUGCGAAAAUUCCACAGUUGCACGAAACUCCCCGUGCGUGACCUCGACCUCGAGGCCUGGCGUGGGUCGGGGGCUAAUGUCGAGAGCCGCUGUGGAUUUUGUGGAUGUUCCUUGUCUACCUGGUCAGCUCGGGCAGACCAUCUGGCAGGUCAUUUCAAGAAGGGAUCUCGAAUGGAUCAGUGGGAAGGGGACUGGGGUCUGGAUGCUGCCGCAUUGGCUGUUUUACGCAACGCGGUCUUACCAUCUCAGCGUAUCGUGAAUAGUAUCCCUACUUAA